AUGGUUGCGUGUUGCUCUAGCAAAGAUUCCUCUGCUCCACAAAGCUACAAAUGUGACUGGCUUUUUGUGAAGAGAUUUUGGUGUCUGUUAAAGAUAAUGUUUCCAAGAUGGAAGUCUGUCAGUGUUCUCCUAGUUGUCUUACUUGUCAUUGUAUCACUGAUGCAACAAUUUAUAAUUUAUUGGGUAGGAUUGAUACCCAGUCAGUACUAUGCAGUGUUAGGAGAGAAAGAUGAGGAGGGGUUCAAAGAGUUGGUGCCAAAGUCAUUGUAUCUUAUAAUCGCCGUGGCAAUAGCAAGAAGUGCAAACCAAUACCUGUGUGAUAUUUUGUAUUUGUUUUGGCGACAGUAUUUAACAUCAUGGCUUCACAAUAAAUACUUCAAAAAGUUUGUUUAUUACCAACUCAAUGUAAUGUUACAGAGUAAUAUUGACAAUGUAGAUCAAAGAAUAACACAGGAUGUUGACAGACUUUGUCGACAAUUCAGUCAGUGUAUUGCAGUGAUUCUCAUAUCUCCUUUUACAAUUGGAUACUAUACAUGGAAGUGUUAUGAAAGUACCGGUUGGAUUGGUCCUGUUGCUAUUUAUGCAUAUUUUAUACUUGGAACCAUCAUCAAUAAGUUCAUCAUGUCUCCUGUGGUCGACCUCACUUUCAAACAAGAAAAAAAUGAGGGAAUAUUCAGGUUUCGUCAUAUGCAGAUCAGAGUAAAUUCUGAAGCUAUAGCUUUCUUCAGAGCAGAAGAAUUGGAAGCAGAAAAAACCAACAGAAAACUACAUAACUUGUUAAAUGUUCAGCAAACGCUUAUAAAUUGGGAUCUGUGGCUGAACUUUUCUGUGAAUAUGUUUAAUUAUAUUGGAAGCAUUCUCAGUUAUCUGAUCAUAUCUAUUCCUAUAUUUCUUGGUGUUUAUGAUCACCUGACACCAACUGAACUUAGUUCUCUUAUCAGUGCAGUAUCCUUUGUAUCCAUGUAUUUGAUAUUCUGUUUUUCAAGUCUUAUUAAUUUAUCCAGUAAAAUAUCAGAUAUUGCUGGCUAUUCCCACAGAAUUGGUGAAUUGAGAGAACAGCUACUAAUUCUAGAAAAAGAAUAUGACUCAAGAGCAUUAGAUAAAAACUCUGAUGCAGAAACAGAUACUACGCUAUUGGUACCAUCAGCAGUUAUUAAUGAAGCCGAAAAUGAUAGGAAAGAUGAUUCCAGUGUUGAUGAAGAUAGUUUGAAAGAAAACCAAAAUAAAGCAUUUCACUUAUGUGAAGUUUCUUACUCUCCACCAAACUGCAACCACACCUUGGUGAGAGAUUUAAAUAUGGAAAUAGCUAGAGGGGAAGAUAUUUUAAUUGUUGGCAGUACAGGAAGUGGCAAGACAUCGUUACUAAGAGUACUGGGCGGACUAUGGCCAGUAGAAUGUGGUGAUGUACAGCGAUUCAUGAAACUAGGGCCACAAGGUAUACUGUAUCUACCACAAAGACCAUACCUCACAGAUGGUACACUCAGAGAACAGAUCUGUUAUCCAGAUAGGGUGACACCCCAAGCAAAGUGUGAUACAUCUGAAAAUUCACUGCUACAUAACUACCUUUGUGUUGUUGGGCUUGGUCCAUUAGUUGACAGAGUAGGAGGUAUCGAUGAAGGGGAAGAUGUCUAUUGGACUGAUGAGCUAUCACCUGGUGAAAUGCAAAGAUUGUCAUUCGCUCGAUUGUUUUAUCAUAAACCAUCAAUAGCUAUUCUAGAUGAAGCUACGAGUGCAAUAUCUCAUGAAACCGAAGAUCUCUUGUACAGAGUCUGUAAGGAUAUGGGUAUGACUGUGAUCAGUGUAGGACACAGAACCAGUCUGCAAAAAUUCCACUCCACAAUGCUGACAUUAGAUGGGGAAGGUGGAUGGACUUUAUCUUCAAUAUCAGAGGAAAAAGUUGAUCUGAAAUAUGAUACUAAACUAUGA